ACACCAAACUUGUCGACAGUUCUAGGCAUGGGGGAUAUCGCCAACGAAGCUGCGGACGCCUUCAGUACGCAAAUUAAAGUUUUUCAUGGAAGGCGGGCUCACUCAGUGCACGAGGCGACUGACGCCGUGCAAGCUAUUCCAAGACAUAGCUUGCGAGAGCUUCUUCUGAAGGCUGCCCCGGGCGAAGAUAUUGAACCCGCCGUUGAAGACUUCUUGCUUGAUCUAGCCGAUGACUUCAUUGAUAGUGUCACUUCGUUCGCUUGCAAGUUGGCCGCCCACAGAAGAUCUGACACUGUGGAGAUGGGUGACAUCAUGGUACAUCUUAAAAGGUCGUGGGACAUAUCUGUUUCUGGGCUCGGGGUUGACGGCAGCAUCAAGGAAACGCGGGAUCCGAAUAACAUUUGUGGAAUGCACAAUAGUCGGAUGAUGGACAUGCGGCAAGCAAUUGCAUCGUCGCUGUCUCAAGAAGACAUGUUGAAAGAAAAAGAAGUUGAAGCUUCAAAAGGACUCCCAGCUUUGUCGCGUUGACCGCGACUGGAAAAUUUCUGCAUGCUAUCAAAUCAUUAUUCCAGUACUUGUUCUGAUAUUUUCGCAAGGCCGAUGAGCGCAAUAAUCGUUACUAGUCGUUAGCAGACUUCAUCUUCGUUCAGGAGCAUGUUUGGUAUCCCCUUCCUGAGGAGAAGUUUUUUUAAAUUGAGUUUAGUGGGCUAGGCU